AUGAGCAAUAACAAUAGCAAUAACGCCAACGCAGCAUCUGCGAAUGCAAAUGCCCCUCAUCAUCAUCACCAUCACCACCACCACCACCAUCACGGUCAUGGCGGAAGCAGUUCUGCCCUAAACAACCCCAAAUCAUCCUUAGCGGACGGUGCUCAUAUCGGUAAUUAUCAGAUCGUGAAAACGCUAGGUGAGGGUUCCUUUGGUAAAGUCAAACUGGCAUACCAUACCACUACGGGGCAGAAAGUUGCCCUCAAGAUCAUCAACAAGAAGGUUUUGGCCAAGAGCGAUAUGCAGGGCAGGAUUGAAAGGGAGAUUUCUUAUUUGAGACUGUUGAGGCACCCGCAUAUCAUCAAACUUUAUGACGUCAUUAAAUCUAAGGAUGAAAUUAUCAUGGUCAUUGAGUAUGCCGGAAACGAGCUGUUUGACUACAUUGUUCAAAGGGACAAGAUGAGCGAACAAGAGGCAAGAAGAUUUUUCCAACAAAUCAUUAGUGCCGUCGAAUACUGCCAUAGACACAAAAUUGUCCAUAGGGAUUUGAAGCCUGAAAACCUGUUAUUAGAUGAACAUUUGAAUGUCAAGAUUGCCGAUUUUGGUUUGUCAAACAUUAUGACUGAUGGUAAUUUCUUGAAGACCUCUUGCGGUUCUCCUAAUUAUGCUGCCCCUGAAGUCAUCAGCGGUAAGUUAUACGCGGGCCCAGAAGUGGACGUUUGGUCCUGUGGUGUCAUCCUUUACGUCAUGCUUUGUCGUCGUCUACCGUUUGAUGAUGAAAGCAUCCCAGUGCUUUUCAAAAAUAUCAGCAAUGGUGUUUACACAUUGCCCAAAUUCCUGUCGCCUGGUGCUGCUGGGCUGAUCAAGAGAAUGUUGAUUGUCAACCCAUUGAAUAGAAUAAGUAUCCACGAAAUCAUGCAAGACGAUUGGUUCAAAGUUGAUCUGCCAGAGUAUUUACUUCCACCAGAUCUCAAACCACACCCAGAAGAGGAAAAUGGGAAUGGCGAAUCGAAAAAAGAUGGUAGCGGUCCUGAAAGUGAUGAAAUUGAUGACGACCUGGUCAAUAUCUUAUCUUCGACUAUGGGCUACGAAAAGGACGAGAUUUACGAGUCCUUGGAAUCUUCGGAAGUUACUCCAUCCUUCAACGAAAUCAGGGAUGCUUACAUGCUGAUUAAGGAAAACAAGUCUUUGAUCAAAGAUAUGAAGGCAAAUAAAAAUGUUAGUGAUGAGCUCGAUACUUUCUUGUCCCAGUCCCCUCCAACUUUCCAACAACAACAGAAUAAACCACUCCAACAACGAGAAAUAGAUCAUGAAGCUGCCAAGCAACAUGCAAAAAGAAUGGCUAGUACAACCACUCAACAGAGAACUUACCAAUCACCAUUUAUGGACCAGUAUAAAGAGGAAGAUUCUACAGUUUCCAUUUUACCCACUUCUUUACCACAGAUCCAUAGAGCUAAUAUGUUAGCGCAGGGUUCGCCAGCCGCAUCCAAGAUAUCUCCAUUAGUAACGAAAAAAUCCAAGACAAGAUGGCAUUUUGGUAUACGAUCUCGCUCUUACCCAUUGGACGUGAUGGGUGAAAUCUACAUCGCUCUGAAAAACUUAGGCGCAGAGUGGGCCAAGCCUUCGGAGGAGGAUUUAUGGACUAUCAAAUUAAGAUGGAAAUAUGACGUCGGAAAUAAGACCAGCACUAAUGAAAAGAUUCCGGAUUUAAUGAAAAUGGUAAUCCAAUUAUUCCAAAUCGAAACCAAUAACUACCUGGUCGAUUUCAAAUUUGACGGCUGGGAAAGUAGUUAUGGAGAAGAUACCACCGUUUCCAAUAUGUCGGAAGAUGAAAUGAGUACCUUCUCAGCCUAUCCGUUCUUACAUUUAACCACGAAGCUAAUUAUGGAAUUAGCUGUCAAUAGUCAGAGUAAUUAA